AUGUUAUCAGCAGGAACGAAGAAGUCCAGUUUUGACAUGUCAAGGUCACUGAUCAAUUAUAUACCUUCAUUGAUACUUGGCCAUCAACUGAGAUCGAAGGAUAAUGAGGAACUCCCGAGCAUUCAGCCGUUACAUACUGUCGUGCUUUUUGCAGAUAUUAGUGGAUUCACUAAGAUCUCAGAAAUGUGUGCUAAAAUGGGCUCAAGAGGGUGUGAAGAACUCUCAUUCUGCAUGAACAGAUACAUGGAGAGUAUUGUCAAAGGUCUUGGCAAAUACGGAGGAGAUAUUAUAAAAUUUGUAGGAGAUGCUAUGAUAGUAGUCUGGCCUCGAGAUGUCGAUAACCCAGAUGAUGACCUGGUCUCUGUUUCCAGAAAAGCAAUCAAGUGCGCAAUUGACAUACAGGCAGAACUGAAUGGGAAACAAAUCAUGAAAAAUAUUUCAAGCCUCUCAGUUAAGCUCGGAAUUGGAGUUGGAGACUGAUCUCUUCUACAUGUUGGAGGUGUCUUCAAAAGAGCCGAAUAUUUUUGAGUUGGAGAAGCAUUAAGUCAAGCACUUUCUUCAGAAGAAGAUGCAGUUGGUGGUGACAUCAUUGUCUCAAAAGAAGUCUGGCAGCUUGUCAAAGAGUUUUUUGAUGGGGAAGAAAUUCCAAGGAUCAACAAUGUGAAGAUUCUGAAACUUAUCGGAGCAAGUCUUCCUCCAAUCGCACAUACCAAUAUCUUCAUUAAUUCGUUAAAGAAGGAUGAGCUGAUAAAGGCGAUGCAAUAUUUGAAGAACUUCGUACCAAAUGCAAUUAUGCCGUACAUUGAAGUCAACAUGGAGGAAUAUUGUGGGGAGACCAGAAAACUCACAGUAAUGUUUGCUUCCCUUGGAGUAGAUCUUUCAAGUGCAAAAACUAAGGAAGGAAUGGAUAAAAUCCAGAAAAUAGUUACCACUAUUCAGAAAGUUGUCUACAGAAUGGAAGGAAGUCUUAACAAGUUAGUUAUGGAUGACAAAGGAAGUACUCUUAUUUGUGUCUGGGGUCUACCUCCAAUGGCUCAUGAGGAUGAUGCAACUAGAGCUGUUCUGGCAGCUCAGAUGAUUAGAAGUAAAUUAAGAAGUCCCGAUAUCAAUUGAUGGUGCUGUAUUGGAAUCUCCACAGGAGUGGUAUUUUCAGGUGUUGUUGGUACAAGUGGAUCAAGAAAAGAGUUCUCCGUACUAGGAGAUGUUGUCAAUGUAAGUGCAAGAAUUAUGGGAUGGAGCAAGAAAGAAAAAGGAAAAAUCUUCGUCGGUUUCCAAACAAUGAGAGAAGCAUCACCUUUCCUAGACUUUCAAUAUGUAGAACAUUGCAGAUUUAAAGGAAAAAGUGUCAGUCUUCCUAUCUAUGAGCCUAUGGAUCCUGAAGAAUAUGAUCAUGGGUCUCCUGAAAACUACAUGGAUCCUUUCAAAUACCUUAAGCUUUAUUCAAACCCUUUCCUCAUCGACAGAAACAACAAGUAUCAGAAAGAGUAUUGCAAAAUUUACGGUCGAGCCAACGAUAUUGAAACAGCUAUUUCAGAUAUUUUAGAAUUCGUCAACGAUCUUGAAUACUCAGUGAUGAUAUCCAUCUAUGGAGAGUCUGGAUGAGGUAAAACUUUAUUUGCAAGAAGUCUCAUUGAUAAGCUCAGGAACACUCCAAAGCUAAAGUCAGACUGGGCCAACAAAGAAAAGAUCAUAUAAUUCUUGCUUCAACUGUUACUUCCACUACAGAGAAGUUGUUCCUGAACAUCUGGAUUCCGAUACUCAGAGCAAUGCUAGAUAUCCUGCAGUCAAGGAGGAACAUGAAGAAAGAAGUUAUUCUUUCAAAAAUGUAUGAAAACAACGAAGACAUUGAGAACAAAAUAUUUAUCUUGGAGAAAAUAUUCGGACUUGAGCUUCCAAAAGAAGUUGAACAAAUAGAGCUUGAAGAAGAGCCUCUUGCAUUUAUUCAGCGUGAAAAAUAUCAACUAGAUAUUGAAGACCCGAUCUUAGACUUUCUCUGCGAUUUCGUGAUGAAAGAGGUCCUGAAUGAAGAGCAGUUAAGCUUCCACAACCAUGAUAGCCCAAACCAUCGUCUUGAAGUUCCUCCGGUUAUUAUCUUUUUGGACAAUGUAUACAUGAUGGAUAAGCCUUCAUGGGAACUUCUAGCACAGCUCAAGAAAUAUUGCAAGCGAAUCUGCUUUGUGCUUCUGAUCAAAGUUAAUCCAAACCAUCAACCAGUGCUUUCAUCAGGCUCUGAAGAAAUAGCAGCAGAAUUCCUAGGCUCAGAGGAAAAUAAUGAUGUAAUGAUUGACCUCGCUGAUCUUGAAGAAGAUGAAAUCAAGCGACUUCUCUGUGAUUUCUCAAGACAAUACGAAAUUGAAAUGAAAGAUGAAAUCAGAGCAAUGACUAAGCUGGAAGGUGAUGAGAAUAGCUUAAAUGCCCAAAAUCAGUCGAAGAAGACACGUGAAGAAAUGAUCAAAGUUCACAAUGUCAAUGACUACUUCAAUGAUAUUCAAAAAGAUGUUCUGGAAGUCAUCAUGCAGAAAUGUGAAGGUAACCCUCUUUGCAGUAUGCAGUUUCUGAUCAACUUGAUGACCAAUGGAAUGGUAACUACUAAAGAUAAGGUUCUGUACCCAAGUGGAAAAGACUUCUUUGAUUGAUACAAACUUAAUGACUGGACUCCACUUAGUGUUCCUGAUUUGAUGAGUUCUAUCAAUGGGCACCUGCUUGAUCAGUACUUGAAAGAAGGUAGGAAACUCAACACAAAGUUUGUCCAAGACAAGGUCAAAGGAAUUAUCUUGUUAAAGUCAGCUGCUGUGAUCGGAGAGAUAUUUACUCUGAAGCAACUCGAGUUCAUCAGUCCUUUGAUAAACGAAGAUAUUGAAACCAUUAUGGAGAUUUUGAUUGAUCUCCAAUCUAGAGAUUUCAUUGAAAUUAUUGACGAUAAUGAUGCUAAGAACUGGAUAUGCAGGUUCACUAAAUAAAUUCCUGAGAGAAACUCUGUAUCAGCGGUUAUUGUUUAGAGGACAGAAGAAGCCUUUACAUCAACUUUCAGCAGAUUACAUUCAAAACAACACAAAUUUAGAAAUAGAUUAUGAAAUUGAACAAAAUAGGUUGCUUAAUCACAUCCUUGUGGCAGAGGAUAAAUCCACUGAAGACAAGCUUUCUUUUAAAGCCAAGCAAGCUAUUACUGUAAAGAAGCUGUAUCAUAUUAUGAUUGAUAGGAAGAGAAAAAUAGUCAAAGACGGCUUUCUAACAAAGCAAGGACAACAGACCAAUAAGAAAACUGAGCCUAGAUAUCUUCGUCUUACCAGAACCGACCUCCAGUGGUUCCACAAUCAAGAAGAGGCAAAGCAUGAGAAGACUCCUCUUGGGGCCAUUCCUUUUAAGGCUAUUUACUCAGUUAUUCCAGCUAAAACAGACAAAUUGACUUCUGACAUUUUCAUUGAUUGCACAGCUUGGAAGAAGAAAAAUCAGGAUAAAGGCCCCAGAAAGUUUGUCUUUGGAGCUAAAACAGAAAGUGAAAGAGACGACUGGAUCACUUCUAUUGAGUACAUGAAAACAAAGGCGAUAGUUGAAAGCUUCACCCAAACUUAUGCAAAUAUAACCUUCCCUAUUAAGAGCCCAGCACCUAAGAAUAAAAAGAUAGGAGGAAAUACCACUAAUUUUGAAGGUCAGACAUCCCUCGGUUCGAUGCUUAAAAGACAAGGAGAUGUGAUGAGACAGUCGGUUGUUACUUUUAAGAAAAUUCCAACAGUAAGAAGAGCUAGCAAAUUUCAAACUAUUUGGGAGAAGAAGAGGCUAUCAAGUUUCAGUAUUGAGCCAAUGCAGUCAUCUAAUCAAGAAGAACUCAUUAAGGACACUGCUAGUGCCAUCAAGGGCCUUUUUAAUGUCAACAUUACUUAUUUCCUCAGUCAGAUUUCAGAGAAUGCAAUCAAAGGGAAUGCAUUCCAGGCAAACAUUCUGGGCAAGAAGCCUGACUGCUUGAGGGAUGUUGAAUUUCAAGAUCUUGAGAAAGCAAUAAAGCCAGCUUCAACUGUGUCUAAAGGACUUCAUUCAUUUGAUAGUGAAUCUUCCACUGGGAUAUCUCCAAACCUUAAAAGAGGGAAAAAGUCCUUAUUUGGGAACGAUAUUAGGAAGGAUUUAGCUAACAUCGAACUUCCUCAAAUGCAAAAGAACCAAUCUGAAAGGGUUAAGAUUCAGACUAAACUUGAGUCUUUGAAAGAUGCAGAUUCCUAUAAGAAAGAAUCUAGACCACAGAAAGCAGCUGAAGCAGGGAUCAAAGAAAUCAUUCAUGAAGAGGAAGAAGAAUUGAAUAUCACUACGGACAUUGAGAGAAACAAGAAUAAUCUUGCUGAAAGUUCAAGCAAAGGUAAUAUAUCCCACAGGAAAGGCAAGGUAGCAACCUUUAAUCCGAAUGAAAGCGAAGGUGAAAUAAUUAAUACUUCUGAAGAAAAUUAUGAGCAAAACCUUAAUUCUGUUCAAAAAGAGCUAAAGCAAGUGCAUAAUGCUGGUGAAGAAAACCACAUAUAUGACGACCCUACAAAUAAAGAAGACUCUGAUGAAGAGGCUCACCAGAAAUUUAAAGAUAAUAUCAAAAAGUCAGAGAUUAACAAUGCUCCAAAGAAUACUCAAAAUACACCUCAUAGACAAUACGAGAUGAACUUUAACGAAUCUAAAAGAGAGCAUGUGCACAACGCUAGUCAGUCAUCUAAUUCCAAAUAUUCCGUACCUGAGAGUGAAAAUUUUGGCGAAAAAGAGUUCGUAGUUACCACCAAAAACAACAAUAUUGAAAAUACUAAGAUGAAAGCUAAAGUUCGAAGUGCUAAAAACAAGGCUAUUUCUAUUGCGAAAAUACAAAGAAGCAUUACUAAUAGGAAGAAUAACCCUAUGAGAUAUAGCGAUGCUUUUGAUCAUCACUUUAAUGGAUCCGUAAUGAAUGCGUCUCAACAGCAAGCUAAGAAUAUGAUGAAUAUGAUAGACCCAGGAAAAACUCAAAAAUUAGCUAGCAUUUCAUCAAGAUUCUCCAAUUUUCAUCCCACUAAAGACAUGAUAGGUGUUUCUCGGAACUCAAAUAGUAAUAGUCCAUUUAGAACUGUUGAAGAGGAUAUUGAAGAUGCACCUAACUUUGGCUUUGGACAAACAGUGCCUUCACAAGCUAACCCAAUGAAUCCUGAAGUUAUGCAAAAUCAAAUGACGAAUCCUUUACUUGCACAAAUGAUGAUGCUAAUGCAACAAAAUACUAAGAUAAUGGCAGAGCAAGCAAAAUUCAUCAGAAGCUAUGCUGAAGGAUCAAAGUCAAGAUCUCGGAGUCGCCCAAAAAGAAGUUCCAACGAUCACCAAGAAAGUAGGUCUCAAUUAGGAAUGACAUCAUAUUCAGAACUAGAUGUCGAUGAAGAUGGCUACCAGCCUGAAAAUCUUCAUCAUAAUUCCUACUCAAAUGAAAGGAAUAUAAAAUCUGAAAGUAUUCAGCAGGUCAGCUAUGAUUCCAGAACCAGAAAGAUCAGAGAAAUUGCUAAAGAUAAGCUUUUAAAGGCACCAAUCUCCCCUGAAAAGAAAAUUGAGCCAAAGACCUUGGGAAUAGUACUACGGAACACAAAAUGUCAGAUAAAUCCUCGCCUGGGUCUCCUUGAGGGACAAAUUGUCACUGUAGAAAAAUACAUCGGUGAUCUUGAACUAUACCAGUGCAGAAGCAACAACCAUACUGGGUUGUACAAAAGAGAUGACAUUAAGAUCAGCAAGAAGAAGGGAGAAAGAGCCAGUAGCAGGGCAGAAGAGGUAAAGCACAAAUCCCAGCAUAAAAUCUCUUCUGAACGUAGAAUGGACAGCUCUGAAAGAAACAGCAAGAAAUAUUACAAAGAGAAUGAAUAUGAGGAUCAUAUCGAGAGGGCUAGUAGAGGUCCUAGUUAUAAUACAAAGGAAUCUAAGAACGUAGAAAGCAUUGAUGAUAUCUUACCUUAUAAUUCAUUAAGACAGCCUACUGAUCUUCCACAAAGAGAAGUGAAAAGAGCUUUAAGAGAAGAAGAGUAUAAACUAGAAAAGCGUGCUUUUAAUAAUCUUCAGAAGGAAAUGGUAAUGAAUGGAGAUACUUUUAAUGAUGGAGGAAAGCUCGAUUAUACAAUUACAUCACAUUCAGCUUCAAGACAAUUUAAUCAAAACUCUAACUCUGGGUACUCAAAUACUUUUCCUAGCCAAAAUAAAGAUAGCAGAGAGAGUAAUUUCCCAUCUGCUACAUUUAACAUCAGAGAACAAAAAGUCCCAAAGACGGCUCUAAGAAAGAAGAAUAAACAAAAGAGGCAGAAUUUCCAAGAAGCAUCUUCAGGAUACAAUAAAGAUCUACAACUAACACAUGCGAUUCAUUCCCAAAAGGUUCCUGAAAGAGUAGGAGCUUUAUACUCUUCACCUCUCAAUGAAUCUAUGUCAAGUAGUAAUUCUACAACUAAAAGUCUUAAAAUGCAAGAGCGGAAAAAUAGAAGAAAGAAUGCUGCACAGGCUAAUCACUAUGAUCCUCAGAUUAGAGGUCCAGAGAACUACUCUGAGAUCAAGCAUGCCAGGGGAUUCAACUAAGUGGUGUUAAUUUUAUGCCAAGAAGUCUUAU